UCACGCAUGUGUGUGUACAGCUUAAUUAAAUUUCAAUUAAAUAUUAAAUGCGUGCGCCAGCAGUAAGCAGCAAGAAAAAGCAAAGCAAAUGGUUUUACAGUCGGCAAGUGUUUCAAUUAUUGCGACAUUGACAGCACAACGCCUGUUUCUGUUGCUGGUCACCUGGAUGACCUGGCGCCGCUGCAUCCAUGUGGCUGUUGCACUAGACUGGCAACAGGUUAAGCCCAUGUAUUUAGUGUCCAUGUAUCCGGGACCAUUUGGCAUGCCAAAGUGGCAAACGCCAUCAAUCGCCUCUUUAUCCGCCGAACUAGAUGCGGAAAUGAGCGCUAGCAAUGACGAUAGCCGCAUCAGCGACAGCUCAACAGGCUCUGCGGACAUUUCAGCGGAGCCAGAGCCCCUGGUUUUAAAUUUGGAAACAACACCAUUGAUGGACAGCAUGUUACCAGACGGUGCUAUGGCGAUGGAUCGUAUCUUUGGCGGCGAUGUGGGCAAUCCACAUUGUUUUCCCUAUCAAGUAGGCAUGCUGCUGCAGCGUCCAAAGGGUCUCUAUUGGUGCGGCGGCUCGCUAAUCUCGGAGCAGCAUGUGCUAACAGCUGCACACUGUGUGGACAUGGCCAAACGCGCGCUGGUUUUUCUGGGAGCAAAUGAGAUUAAGAAUGCUAAGGAGUCGGGACAGGUGCGUCUCAUGGUGCCGAGCAGCAAUUUUCAUAUCUAUCCCACCUGGAAUCCGAAACGCUUGAAAGAUGACAUAGCAAUAGUGCGUCUGCCACAUGCUGUUAGCUUUAACGAGCGCAUCCAUCCCAUACAGUUGCCAAAACGGCACUACGAGUAUCGCAGCUUUAAAAACAAGCUUGGUAUUGCGUCCGGUUGGGGACGUUAUGCUACAGGUGUGCAUGCCAUAAGCAAUGUGCUGCGCUAUGUCCAACUGCAGAUAGUCGAUGAUCGCACCUGUAAGCGUAAUUUUCCAUUGUCCUUUCGCGGCACAAACAUAUGCACCAGUGGACGCAAUGCCAAAUCUACUUGCAAUGGUGAUUCUGGUGGCCCACUUGUGCUACAGCGUCGUCAUUCAAAGAAACGUGUUCUGGUUGGCAUCACCUCGUUUGGCAGUAUAUAUGGUUGCGAUCGUGGCUAUCCGGCUGCCUUCACGAAGGUGGCCUCAUACCUAGACUGGAUUAGCGACGAGACAGGCGUGCAUUCGCACCAGGAUACCACUGAAGCUAUUUUCUUUGAUCAGUAUGUCAAGAAAUAUGCCAAGCAGCAACACAAACAUGAACAUCAGAUGGUGGACGAUGUACCCGACGAACUGGACAUCCAUCACCCAUUGUCCGACGAAGAUACGUCGGAGAAUCUUAGCAUACGGCCACAUUCCAAACAGAAAUCAGAAUUCGAUUUUUAUUUCUUGUAGCUGCCAAGUAAAAUAAACCU